GCUCACUGGCUUCUCCAUUUUCGCAUCACUUCUCGCUUAACCAUUUUGCUUUCAGCAUACUCUCUUCCGUUUCAUGAUCGAAUCCUCCAUUUUCUCUCACUUUUUCUUCUAGCUUCUCCUCAUAUCCCUUCGAGCUCGCUCGUUGUUUUCACUCUGCUGUGGAGAGAGAUGGCAACCAACGGAGAGGUGGCGAUGAACGGGAAAGGAACGGGAACGCCUAAGUCACCGUUGAGGAAGAUCGCAACCAGCGACAAGCAUGACGGGAUCUGCCAUGACAUGAGCGCAUCCACCGUGAAGGCCCAGACUAUCGAUGAGCUUCACUCUCUUCAGAGGAAGAAAUCCGCGCCGACGACUCCGAAUAAAGGAAUUCAAGGUUCUUUCGCUACUAUCUCUGAAGAAGAACGCCAAAAACAGCAGCUCCAGUCCAUCAGUGCAUCUUUGGCAUCGCUGACAAGAGAAACUGGUCCCAAGGUGGUGAGAGGAGACCCAGCGAAUAAGAUCCGACCCAUUUCAAAAGAUCAUCACGCCGCUGUGCCCGCUAUCAGCGUCAGUGACAGCUCCUUAAAGUUCACCCAUGUUCUUUACAACCUCUCUCCUGCAGAGCUUUAUGAGCAGGCCAUAAAGUACGAGAAAGGGUCGUUUAUUGCAUCAACAGGUGCAUUGGCCACCCUCUCUGGUGCUAAGACUGGCCGAGCCCCCAGAGAUAAGCGUGUCGUCAAGGAUGAUGAGACAAGCGAGGAGCUUUGGUGGGGAAAAGGUUCACCUAAUAUUGAAAUGGACGAGCACACAUUCAUGGUUAACAGGGAAAGAGCUGUUGAUUACUUGAAUUCUUUGGACAAGGUCUUUGUCAAUGAUCAAUUUUUGAAUUGGGAUCCUGAGAAUAGAAUCAAAGUUCGGAUUGUAUCUGCCAGAGCUUACCAUUCGUUGUUCAUGCACAACAUGUGUAUCCGACCCACUCUUGAAGAGCUGGAGAAUUUCGGUACUCCGGACUUCACUAUAUACAAUGCUGGUCAGUUCCCAUGUAAUCGUUAUACACACUACAUGACAUCCUCUUCUAGCAUAGAUUUGAAUUUAGCUAGAAGGGAAAUGGUCAUCCUCGGCACACAGUACGCCGGGGAAAUGAAGAAGGGUUUGUUCAGUGUUAUGCAUUAUCUCAUGCCUAAGCGUCAAAUCCUCUCCUUACAUUCUGGCUGCAAUAUGGGAAAAGAUGGAGAUGUUGCUCUCUUCUUUGGAUUGUCAGGCACUGGAAAGACAACUCUGUCUACUGAUCCAAAUAGGUACCUAAUUGGAGAUGAUGAACAUUGCUGGAGUGAGACUGGAGUGUCAAAUAUUGAAGGAGGGUGCUAUGCCAAGUGCAUUGAUCUCUCACAGGAAAAGGAGCCUGAUAUUUGGAAUGCCAUCAAGUUUGGAACUGUGUUGGAAAAUGUGGUAUUUGAUGAGCACACUAGAGAGGUGGACUAUGCUGACAGAUCAGUUACAGAGAAUACUCGAGCAUCUUACCCUAUUGAGUACAUUCCUAACGCAAAGAUACCAUGCGUCGGUCCACACCCUAAGAAUGUCAUUCUUCUGGCAUGUGAUGCAUUUGGUGUGCUUCCACCCGUGAGCAAGCUGAGCUUGGCACAGACCAUGUACCAUUUCAUAAGUGGUUACACUGCACUGGUGGCUGGCACAGAAGAUGGUGUGAAAGAACCACGAGCAACAUUCUCAGCUUGCUUCGGUGCAGCAUUUAUAAUGUUGCACCCUACCAAGUAUGCAGCUAUGCUAGCUGAGAAGAUGCAGAAACGUGGGGCAACCGGAUGGCUUGUCAACACUGGCUGGUCAGGUGGAAGCUAUGGGUCAGGCAGUCGUAUCAAGUUAGCUUACACAAGAAAAAUAAUUGAUGCCAUACACUCUGGCAGUCUCUUAAAUGCAAAUUAUAAGAAAACUAAUGUGUUUGGGCUUGAGAUCCCCACAGAAGUUGAAGGAGUGCCUUCUGAAAUCCUGGAUCCUGUGAACACUUGGUCAGACAAGAAUGCUUACAAUGAGACACUGCUUAAACUGGCUGGUCUAUUCCAGAACAAUUUUGCAACAUUCACCGACUACAAGAUCGGAAAGGACAACAAGCUUACAGAGGAGAUCCUGGCAGCUGGUCCAGUUUUUUAAUUCCCAUUGAAUGAAAAUUGGGGAAUAUGAUUUCUGAAUGAGUUGGAAGUAUACAAGAUAGAAUAAAGAGUUAGGUUAAAGGUUGCAGUGACUUGUACUAUCAUGAUAUAUGUAAACUGUUCCUAGUUUAUUCAUAAUUAAAAAAAAUAAUCAUCCA